AUGAUAAUCUUGCAACGAGCCAUGGAUGCUUUCAUCACCAGGAAGAGGCGACCUUCCACUCCGCCACCGGAUAGCUCCUUCGCAGAAUAUGAGAAUGAGCCAACGGAUGUCAAGCUAGCCAUCCUGUCCUCUCUUCACCCAGAAGUCGGCCAAGAGGCGCUUCUCGACGUCCUUCUGGCUCACGAAGGAUCCAUCUCUGCUGCUUCGGCAGCGCUGCUCGCUCCCAGUCCCUCAAAAACAUCAAGGAAGACCACCGCGGUUGUCGGGGCGCAGUCGUCUCUAAGACUCUUCACUACGGGGCCAGAAAGCGAGAGGAGGUCUCCCUCGCCCAAGAAGGCCAAGGUGCUGUCCCGAAAGGGGGCGACGCUCCGGCUGUACGACCCCGUAGACAUCGCAGAGCACACGCCCUGCUCCGUCAUCCACAACUUCCUGCCGCCCGCGCUCGCCGACGACCUCCUGCGCGAGCUGCUCGAGGAGUCCAAGUCGUACGAGAAGAUCACCUUCAAGCUGUUCGACAACGUCGUGCACAGCCCACAUACGUCGAGCUUCUACGUCGCCUCCGCCGACGAGCAGCAGCGCCAAAAGUACGAGUAUUUGUACAAUGGAGCCCGCCUGACCGACGUGCGCCAGCUGACGCCGCAGCUUGACCGCGUCAAGCCUCUUGUCCAGGCCGCCGUCAACCGCGAGAUCCAAGAGCGCAUCCACAGCCGCUACCCCGGCGGCAAGAAGCUCAAGCACCAAUCGCCCGAGCCCUGGGUGCCGAACGCCGCCUUCGUCAACUGCUACAGCGGCCCGCAGGAGAACGUGGGCUGGCACAGCGACCAGCUCACGUACCUCGGCCCGCGCGCCGUCAUCGGGUCCCUGUCUCUCGGCGUGGCGCGCGAGUUCCGGGUGCGGCGCAUCGUGCCAAAGGACGACGACAAGAGGCCCGUCGAGGACCCGGACGCGGAGGGCCAGAUCUCGAUCCACCUGCCGCACAACUCGCUGCUCGUCAUGCACGCCGAGAUGCAGGAGGAGUGGAAGCACAGCAUCGCGCCCGCGCAGGCCAUCGACCCGCACCCCGUCGCCGGGAGCAAGCGCAUCAACGUCACGUACCGCGACUACAGGGCGAACCUGCACCCCCGGCACACGCCGAAGUGCAAAUGCGGCAUCCCCACCGUGCUGCGCGUCGUCCAGAGGAAGAAGGAGAACUACGGGCGAUAUUUCUGGAUGUGCCACGCCGGAAACGUCCCAGGGAAGGACGGUUGCACAUUCUUCCAGUGGGCUGAGUUUGACGAGGAUGGCAAUCCCAUAUGGGAGAAGACCCGCGGCCGGCAGCCCUCAGCCACGUCAGAUAGCUCCAAAAGCAAACAAUGA